AUGGAGUGUGAGUUCUCUCAAGGCGAAAAGUCCACAGAAGAAGAGGCGGAGCUCCAACGAAGCACCAAGAAAGCAAAAGAUGCAAAGGGAGCAUCAGAGUUCGGCUCUCCCCCUUCCUACAGGGAUAAGCUGGUCGGUGAGAUGCCUGGCGCUUUUGCUCAGGCUUUCAACCUUGAUAGCCACGAGAUGGAUAUGUCCACCCUGUUGGUGAGUAUGGGUGAGCUAGUAAACAGUAUGGUGGCUGUCAACUUGGACCUGGAUACGAGAAAGUCCAUUAGAGCAAGAUGGAACCACGCCCUGAUUGUGAAGGUGUAUGGUCGGACGUUGGGUUUCCAUUUUCUCCGUUUGAAGGUUAUGAGCUUAUGGAAGCCAACGGGGCGGCUUAACUGCAUCAACCUUGGUCGGGAUUUCUUCCUUAUGAGGUUCGGAUUGGUUGAGGACUUUAAGAACAUCAUCAAAGGAGGACCAUGGUUCAUCAGAGGCCACUUUUUGACGAUUAGAGCGUGGGAACCAAACAUCAAACCUGCUAGUGUAGUGUGCAAUUUAGUGGCUGAAUGGAUCAGGUUACCAAAGCUACCUUUUGAAUACUACAAUCCUGGGGUUCUAAGAGAAAUUGGCUCUGCCAUUGGACCGAUUCUGAGGGUGGACUCUAAUACUGCGUCGAAGGCUAGGGGUCAGUUUGCGAGAAUUUGUAUCCAGGUUAACUUGGAUAAACCGUUGAUCACGAGCAUCUUGCUUGAAGAAGUUGUACAGGAAGUACUCUAA